AUGUCUAAAGAUAGCCAGGAUUAUAUAAAAGUGUCAGAUACAUCAGAGCUACAUAAUUGCGAUGACACAAGUUUACCUACUCAAUCCAACUCUGUUUACAACUCCGAGCCAAUGUGCUCAAACCCAAUGGCAUCAUCGUCAUCACUGCAUUCACCAACAUCACCUGGGGAGAAUAUUCAAAAACAACAACUAGAUUACAAGAUUCGCCUAAACAACUCGGUACCGAGACAAUUUGCCAGCAGAAAAAGUACAGUAAUUUUAACAAACACAGGUGAGCGGGUCAAACGAAACUUGUCAUUAUCGCUACCCCAAGACCAAUGUUAUGAACAAGAAGGGGUUCGAAGUGGCGCGCUAUUGCUGACUCCAUCAAGCAAUACCAGCUAUAAUAACGGUGAGAAUAGAAACGAUAUUAACGACGAUAACUUUUUUAACAACAACAACAACAACAACAACAACAACAACAACAACAACAACAACAACAACAAUAACAAUAACAAUAACAAUAACAAUGGCAGCACCAAGUUUAGGCAACUAUGUACAAUAAUCAAAAACUUUUAUUACGAUUCUACCAACCAAAGUGUCGCCAAAUGCGCAAUUGCAUACUUUAUAGCAUCACUCGGAGUGUUUUACACCCCAUUUGACGAUCUAUUAGGGUCAACUGAUUCCAAACACGUUAUAGCCACAGUUGCAGUUUACUUCCACCCUACGCGUACAAAAGGCUCAAUGAAUCAAACAAUGAUAUUUGUUGUCAUCUCGCUCUUGUACAGUUUUAUUGUGUCAUUUGGAUGCCGAUACAUCUCCUCAAUUUUCUAUACACACGGCAAAGACGAUAUAAGCCAUAUCAUUGAUUUGAUAGUGAGCUCAGUUGCGUUGGGUAUUAUCUCGUUUAUGAAGCAAAAAGUAAAUAAGCAAACUUUUAAUACGGCAUGUUCUGUUGCAUGUAUUACUAUUGUUGCAUGCAUAAUUAAGGAAGGUAGCAAGAACGCCGGUGAAGUACCAAUUGAUAGAUUUGAAGGAACUUUUAAUGUUGUUGUUUGUGGCUCGAUGAUUUCAUUUCUUUGCUGCUACUUGAUCUGGCCAGUAAGUGCAACAAAACUAUUACAGGAGACGUUGAGCCAUUCGUAUCUGAACUACUCAUUGGUGUUAUUAACAUUAACGAGAAGGUUUGUUGCAGGCGAGCAAUUAACAAAGAAAGAUAUGGCAUUGGUCGAUAGCUUGAGGAAAAAUGUUACCCAGUUACAACAAUAUUUGGAGGAAGCCAAGUUCGAGCUCCGAUUAUGGGGCCAAGAGGAAGAAUGGAACUAUUAUCAAGGUUUAGUUGCUACUACAAUAUCGUUAGCAAGGCAUUUGCAGGCAUUGAGCUCAGCUACGACUAUGCAAUGGAAUUUACUAAAUGAAAGCGAUGCCGAUAAUGCAAGUUCAACAAGCACGAUGCGCAGUUAUACUACUGACGAUUUUGGUAAUUCCUUGACAUCUUUAAACCGUUUGGUUUCAAAUUGUCCAACACCAGCAACACAUCAUCAUCAAUAUCACAAUCGUAAAGGGAUCGAUGAAGAAGUGGAUCAAGAUCAAGAUCAGGAUCAAAGGGAGGGAGCGGCACCUUCAUUACAGUUGUUUGAUUUAUUCAUCUACCAUCUUGCUCCAUCAAUCAGAUCACUUGUGUACACAAUCAGAGAUGUGAUGGUUAAUGCACCAUUCAACCAGUCAGAUACGAAAUCUUUGGACCCAGAAACAUUGAGAACUGCAUUGGUGAAAGCUCUUGAGAUGUAUGAAACCAGACAGGAUACUGCAUUCGAACAUAUUUACAGCGAGAAACUAUUUGAGCACAAUACGAGUCAUCACUACCAGACUGAUCAAGAAGAAGUGGCUGCUUGCUGCGGUAACUUUGCAACUCUUCUAAGUCAGUUAGCAACAGAAUUACUCAAAUCCGUAGAUUGUUUUGAAAAGUAUGAAAAAUCAUCCGGAAAAAGAACAAGGUCUUGGCCAUGGUUGCGCUGGAAGCAAUACAAAUUGAAAAAAGACUACAUACAAGAUACUAGUCUUCACGCAGCGCUCGAUGAUUUACGAGAACAAUACGGCUUACCAUUAACGCAACCGCAGUUUCACUCUGCAUGGGAAAAAUUUAGCUACAAAAUCUGGAGUGCAGCCAAGAAUUUCAGAAGGACUGAUAUUCAGUUUGGUAUUAGAGUUGGGCUUGGGGCUGCAGGAAUAUCGAUGUUUGCAUUCAUACCAGAAACUCGACAAUUUUUUGAAAAUUGGAGGUUGGAAUGGGCACUAACAGUCUAUUGCAUCAUGAUGAACAAAUCCCUUGGUGGCACAACAAUGACUGUGAAAUGGAGAAUAUUGGGAACUUUUCUUGGUGCGUUUGCCGCAUUUAUUAUUUGGCACUUGUUUGAUGCCAACGCCUAUAUACUUGCACCUGCAGGUUUUCUUAUUGCCCUUCCUUCAUUUUACAUCAUUUUAUUUUGGAAGCUGAAUAAUGCUUUUGGGAGAUUUAUCUUAUUGACUUACAAUUUGACAAUGUUGUAUUCAUAUAGUAUGUUGCAAAAGGAUUCAGAGGACGAUAAGGAAGGAGGUGAGGAGCCCAUUGUUGGUGAGAUUGCAUUUCAUAGAUUUGCCGCUGUUUCAAUUGGUAUUAUUUGGGCAUUGACCAUGGCUACUUGUUUUUUACCCAAUAGUGCUCGCGCACGAUUGAAGAAUGGGUUAUCGGUGCUUUGGUUGAGGUUGGGCGUGAUUUGGAAUAGUGAUCCAUUGGAAUAUGAUCCAAGCUCGAUGACUUUAGUUGGUUUCAAAGCUGAGGAAGGGACAAAUGAUAUAUUAUCUGAAUGUGAGACAUUACUAAAACAGGCUCCAGUAGAGUUUAGGUUGAAAGGUACUUUUCCUAGAAAGACGUAUUCGAAAUUAAUUAAAGAUUCAUCGGCGAUCAUUGAUGCUUUUCAAAAUCUUGAUCUCUUGAUCAAAGUCGACCCAACAUUAACCACCAACGAAGAAUAUGUUUUAAAGUACAUUGAGGUUGAGAGGAAUGAAGUUGAGCAAAGAAUCUUUUUGGUGUUUUAUAUGAUUGCCAGUGCAAUGAAACUUGGAUUUUCUUUGCCCAAAAAGUUUGCCUCAAUUGAUCAUGCAAAGGAUCGCAUGUUGUUCAAGUUGAGCGAGAUUCGACAACAGCAACAGGAUAAUGGGCGCGGAUUCCAUUUGAAGAAUACGGACUUUAUUUUACUUUACUCAUAUAUUUUGGUGGCCUCGAAUGUCUCUGCAUUAUUGGAUGAUAUUUUGGUCGAGAUUAAGGGUUUACUUGGUGAAAUUUCAGAAGAUAAAUUUAGGCUAGUUUGA